CCUUUGACUUUGACCCCUCUUCGUACCAUGCUGAGUACUGAUUGUUUUUCUUUGGAUUUAAACUUUUGUCGUUGGCCGGUGAUGGUGAUAUAAUAUUAAUAUGAAUAUAAUAACGUAUACUUAAUUGAUUAUAUCAAAUUUAGCAAUUGUACAUUUUAUAUUUUAUUUAGACCUAAGAUUAGUACAUUGCGCGUUCGUGUUUGCCGCACAAGAUAAAGAGUUCUAUGAUACAAUACAAAGAUGAAUGUUACUACGAAGAUGCCGGGGAUAUUGAACGUUUAUAUAUUUUUAAUUAUUAAUGCAAUAAUUGUGCUACCCACCUUCGCCCAUAAUUGCCUUUUGUAUAACAACGAUUAUAAGUGUAGGCUGGCAACAAAAACACCAUAUAGACUUGUAAUGAAUAACGAUGAUUCUCCUUUGGAUUAUCCAGGAUGUGAGCCAAAGAAGAUAUGGCUAAUUUUAAGACACGGUGCAAGAUAUCCUGGUAAAAAGCAUAUAUCAAAUUUGAUUAAGAGACUGCCGCAAAUACAAAAGCUUAUCUUAAAAAACUAUGCGAGUAAUAAAACAAAAUUGUCAAAGGAAAUUAUAGAUUCAUUCAUACAAUGGGAGAUCACUUUCACUGAAGACGAUGUGAUGAAACUAGUCGAGGAAGGUGAAAAUGAAAUGAUUGAUAUUAGUGAAAGAUAUCAGUCCAGAUUUCCUAGUCUCAUGCCAGAAAUCUACGACAAUCAAACUUAUAGGUUUAAGUACACUGCCACUCAACGCACAGAGAAAAGUGCAAAGAGUUUCGCUAUUGGUCUGUUUGGUAAAUAUAACAGUGAGAGAAUUCAAUAUCCAAAACCCGAACAUGCGGAUCCUGUAUUGAGAUUUUAUAAACGUUGUCAGCGUUGGCAACUCGAGGUGAAGCACAAUGCAACAGCGCAAAUCGAGAAAAGAAGGUUCUUGGAAAGCGAAUUUUACAAGAAAAUGGUGGCGAAUAUUUCCAAACUUAUCGGCCAUAAAAUUGAUUAUGAAAGUAUACACUUAAUGUAUUUAAUAUGCGGUUUCGAGACUGCGUGGUACAAAAAUUCAGAGUCACCGUGGUGUAAACUAUUCUCCCUACACGAUUUAAAAGUAUUGGAAUUUGCGGAAGAUUUAGGAUACUAUUGGGUAGAUGGAUAUGGUUACGAGUUGACCUACGAACAAGCCUGCCCUGCUAUGAGAGAUGUUUUCAACUUUUUAUUGUCAGCGGAUGGGCCAUCGGUAUCAGCGUAUUUUACUCACUCGGGAACGAUCCUGAAAUUGUUGGCUUUAUUACGUGUUUAUAAAGACGAUCAGCAUUUAACACAUAAUUUAUUUUCACUGUAUGCCAAUGAUAGGGCAUGGAGAACCGGAGUUAUUGAUACUUUCGGAGCUAACAUCGCAUUCGUUUUAUACGAUUGUUCCGGAUUUCCUUACGUUCUGUUUAUGCAUCAAGAAAGACAAGUACCUUUACCAGGCUGUCCUGUGUACGAGCCAUGUCCAUUAUCAACAAUGAAAGCUCUCUAUCCCACGCGAGAUGAGGAAUGUCCCUUCGAACUAAUGUGUACUCUCUAAAAUGAAUCGUUAUAGCAGAAUACAAACUGAGAAAUAUAUGACUGAUUAACUCAUAAGUUAUAGUUUUGAAAUUGUUAUUUUAUAAUCUCUUAUACAAUACAUUGUGUAUUAAAUUUGGAA